CCCGGGCAGAGACACGUCGCAGGGAAGUGGCCGCGAGGUCCGUGCCCGGCCGGAGCCGCUGCCUCCGCCUGGUCAGGCAGUUUUGGCUUGCUGUGAGGACCCAAGAUGGAUCCAGAAGAGCAGGAGCUGUUCAGGGACUACAGAUAUAGAAAUUAUUCUUCAGUAAUUGAAAAAGCUUUGAGGAAUUUUGAAUCUUCAAGUGAAUGGGCAGAUCUCAUAUCUUCACUUGGCAAACUCAAUAAGGCUCUUCAAAGUAACCUGAAGUACUCCCUCUUGCCAAGACGUCUGAUUAUCAGUAAGAGAUUAUCUCAGUGCUUACAUCCAGCUUUACCUAGUGGAGUGCAUUUAAAAGCACUAGAAACCUAUGAAAUCAUCUUUAAAAUCAUUGGGACAAAAUGGCUUGCCAAAGACUUAUUCCUCUACAGCUCUGGCUUGUUUCCCCUGCUAGCAAAUGCAGCAAUGUCAGUGAGGCCUAUUCUUCUCGGUCUGUAUGAGAAAUAUUUUCUUCCUCUGCAGAAGUCCCUCUUGCCAAGUCUUCAAGCCUUUGUAAUUGGACUGCUGCCUGGAUUGGAGGAGGGGUCAGAAAUUUAUGACAGAACAGAUGCUUUGCUUGUGAAGCUGUCUGUGCUAACAGGCCAAGAAGUGUUCUAUGCUGCUAUCUGGGGGAGUGUUCUGGUCAGCCCUUCUAUAAGACUUCCUGCUUCUCUAUUUGUUGUGAGUCAUAUCAACAGAGAGUUGUCUGGAAAACAGCAGAAGUACAUGCUGGGAACUGAUUAUAAGCUCACAGUAAAAUCUUUGCGUGUAUCAGUAUUGGAUUCAAAUGUUCUUGUGCAGAGAAACACUUUGGAAGUGCUUCUCUUCUUUUUCCCAUUUUAUACAUCUUUGGACUACAAUGAAAGUGCUAUUCCACUGCUCAGGUCUGAUGUAGUCCAUAUUCUCUCAGCAGCUACACAGACAGUCUUGAGGAGAGACAUGUCACUAAAUAGAAGAUUAUACGCGUGGUUGCUAGGCUCUGAUAUUAAAGGCGGUACUUUUGCUCCAGAUUCUGCAGCUUUUGAAGAUCAUGCCCUCUAUUUUUUUGGAAAAUAUUCCAAAGAUCUUUUAAUUGAGGCUUUGAUUGAAAUAUUGCAUCAGAAGUUCUCAGAGUCUGCCUUAGAAGAUCAUGCAUAUCUGAAACCUUUCCGUAUCUUAAUUAGUCUCCUUGACAAACCUGAAAUAGGGCCACAAGUUGUUGGGGAUUUGUUCCUUGAAGUGAUUCGAGCCUUUUAUUCUUAUUGCAAGGAUGCCCUGGGUUCUGAUCUUAAACUUAGCUACAGUCAAAGUAGCAAUGUACUUACAAGUGCAAUCAAAGAGAAUAGAAGUGCCUCAGAAAUUGUUAAAACAGUCAACUUGUUGAUCUCAUCCCUAAGUACAGAUUUUCUAUGGGAUUAUAUGACCAGAUGUUUUGAGGACUGCUUCAGGAAUAAAUCCAUGCAGACAAGAUACCCUACUGAGAAUGUCAGCACUCCUCCUACAGUCUCAGAGCUCUGUACACUACUGUUGUUCCUUCUUGAUGUGAUUCCUUUGGAACUUUACUCUGAAGUGCAGACUCAGUAUCUUCCACAGAUGCUCAGUUACAUGGUACAGUCUCUUCUGGAGAAUGUGGAGAUUCUGAGUUUACCAGAACUCACUCAUGCUUUAAAGACCUGCUUCAAAGUGCUUAGCAAAGUACAAAUGCCUCCUGCCUACUUGGAUAACGAGACUGGAAGUGAAAACUCGAGCCCAGUGAAACAAGAAAAUGGUGAUAUAACUUUAGAAACCAAGCCUGCACUACAGGAUGAAGAUGACGCUGCUUUCGCUCCUCUCAAGUCUGAAGACAGUGGCAUAGGUCUAAGUGCCUCAUCCCCAGAGCUCUCUCAACACUUAAGAUUGCCAAGAGUGACUCCUGAGAAGGAUGAUGUUUGGAAAAAGGCGGGGAGUAUUCAGAGGACUUUGCAUUGUAUCCAAGAGUUAGUUGAUAAGUUUGCCAGUAAAUACAUAUUUGGGGUGCAUUUACAAGACCCAGGAAAUGACAGAAUUUCGAUAGCAAAUGUGGGCAGAGGAGAGAAAAAAGAAAAUAAUUACAGAGUCGCUGAAAAUACUAGCAAGAAAAAGAACCCCUGGGAAGGAAAGCAAAUUACCGUACCACAGUUUAAACAAAUGCUUUCAGACUUGUUCACAGUUCGAGGGUCACCAUUUAAACAGAAAAGUCUGGAGCCUCUCUCCCCUGCAAACCAUGACCUUGGUAGCAAAAAGGGAAAAGAAGAAUGGGACAUUGAGCAGGUAAUGCUUGAUUUAGGGGACAUGAAAGAAGACUGCAGAGAGGCCUUUGCUGCUGCCUGUCACCUUCUACUGGAAUGUACUACCUUCCCAGUCUACCUUUCUGAGGAAGAAACAGAACAAUUGUAUUUAUCUCUGUUUCAAGUUCCUGGAGGUUGUGAUGCCAGCUUCCCUCUGUGGCUUAAAUCCCUAAUGACGAUAUGCUGCUGCGUAAAUGAUUGCUACAUUCAGAAUGUGUCCAUCUCCACGCUGCUUGAAGUUAUCAACCAUUCUCAGUCACUGGCACUUGUGAUUGAAGACAGAAUGAAGCGGUAUAAAAUCUCUGGACAUAACCCCUUCUUUGGGAGACUGCAGAUGGUCACAGUUCCUCCAAUUGCUCCUGGCGUUCUAAAACUAAUAUCAGAGAAAACAGACUUCUAUCAGAGAGUCGCUCAUGUACUUUGGAAUCAGCUGAACAAAGAGACAAGGGAGCACCACAUUACCUGUGUGGAGCUGUUCUAUAGACUGCACUGCUUGGCUCCAUCAGCUAAUAUUUGUGAAGAUAUUAUUUGUCAUACGCUAUUGGAUCACGAUAAAGGGACAAGGCUGGAGGCACUUUUCAGAUUCUCUGUGAUAUGGCAUUUGACCAGGGAAAUCCAAGGCAGCAGAGUCACUUCCCACAAUCGAUCCUUUGACAGAUCUCUGUUUGUGGUACUGGACAGUCUAAAUUGUUCAGAUGGUGCAAUUGGUGCUGCAGCACAGGGCUGGCUGAUACGUGCUCUCUCACUUAAUGAUGUUGCACGAAUUCUUGAGCCAGUGCUAUUGCUGCUGCUUCAUCCAAAGACACAGCGCACAUCCAUCCAUUGCAUCAAACAGAAGAAUUCAGCAGAAGACUUAAAUCAUUGGUUUAGCAAGAAAAGUGCCUCUUUUAAAGAGUCAUUGGGAGCCUCUGAGCUACAUGAAAGCAGUUCUGAAGAAAACAUACCACUGAGCCAAUUUACAACUGUGGACAGGGAAGCUAUUUGGGCUGAAGUGGAAAUCGAUCCAGAGGCAUCUCAGCUAAAAAAUGGACAGUCUGAAAAUGAACCAUCUCACUGUACAGAACCUCCACAAGAUACCGGUGGUGAUCAUUAUAACAGUGAACACACAGAAUCAGCAGAUACCAGCACAGGACAUAGUGAUAGUGAAAAUACAUCAUCUUUUUCUCCUUCUCUGGAUCCACAGGAAAUGAGCAAUGAGGAGAACUAUAGAGCGACAACCAACUGCAGAGAAAACAUGAAGAAUGUUAGUUCAUCUAAUACUUUCCCUCCUCAUGGCUCCAAAUCCAGUACUAUGUUAAAUCUUGUGCGUGCAGACUCUGAGAGAACUCAAGCAUCAGAAUCACUAUCAAGUGAUGAGGAGGUGGACUUGGAACUCCAAGCAAUUACAACUUCUAGGCUGCUCAAGCAGCAGAAAGAAAAACAAGAGAUGAUAGAGGCUCUGUUUAAACACAUUCUCUUGUAUUUUCAGCCUUACGAUUCCAAGAGGGUUUUGUAUGCUUUUUCUGUACUAGAGGCAGUACUCAAAACAAACCCUAAGGAAUUUAUUGAAGCUGUAGCCAGUACUAGCAUGGAUACGAGCUCUACAGCUCACUUAAAUCUCAUCUAUAAUCUUUUAGCCCGGCACCAGGAAACUCUUGUGGGACGGAGUUUUUAUGUUAAGCUUCCUACUCAGUCACCAACCAUGUGUCCCCAUUCUUUAUUAAUAGAAUUGCUGACUUACCUCUGUUUGAGUUUUCUGCGCUCUUACUAUCCAUGUUACUUGAAGGUAACCCACAAAGAUGUGCUUGGCAACAGAGAUGUCCAAGUCAAAAGUGUAGAAGUCUUGUUUAGAAUGAUGGCGCAGCUGGCCACAAUGGCAAAGUCAGCAGAAAACAAGAAUAUUGAGUUUAUACACAACUUGCUUGGAAGAUGCAAAAUUCAAGAGUUUGUUCUUCUUUCUUUGUCUGCUUCUAUGUAUACAAGUCAAAAACGGUAUGAACUGAUGACAUCUGAUAAAAUUAAUAGCGUCAUCGAAGAGAGCCUCUUUGAAGAAAGCCUUAUCAAUUUUGGGCAAGAUCAGAUAUGGAGUGAACAUCCCCUUCAGAUUGAGCUGCUGAAGCUUUUGCAAAUAUUGAUCGUCUUGGAGCACCAUCUUGGACAGACACAUGAGGAACAGGAGAACCAGCCAGACCUAUCUAAAGAAUGGCAACAGGCUCUUAAUUUCCAGCAGGCUAUUAGUGCAAUGCAGUAUGUGCAUCCACACCCCAUAACUUCACAAGGAUUAUUUGUCUCCGCUGUAGUUAGAGGUUUGCAGCCAGAAUAUGGCUGUGGGAUGCAUCCAUCUUGGGUAGGUUUAGUCACGCAUUCUUUGCCAUACUUUGGGAAAUCUUUAGGCUGGACUGUGGCACCAUUUAUGAUACAGAUAUGUAAAAACCUGGAUGAACUUGUUAAACAGUAUGAAAAUGAAACUGUGAAGAUGUCUGUGAGCGUAACUUCUAAAAGGGAGAACAUUACGCCAGAUUAUCCUCUGACACUUUUGGAAGGUUUAACAACCAUUGGUCACUUUUGCCUUUUGGAUCAUCCUAAUCAAACCAAAAAGGUAUCCCCUAUAUCUGACCCCACAAACCUGAGAAAUGCCAGGAAUGCCAUUUUGGAAGAAUUGCCUCGUAUUGUUAACACAAUGUCCCUUCUUUGGAAUGUUAUAAAAAAGGAAGACUCUCAAAAAAGACCAACUGACUUUCUUGGAGCAACCAAGGGAUCUUCUUCAGUAUACUUUAAGGCAACCAAAAUAAUAAAAAAUAAAAUUUUAGAUUUCUUGAAUCCACUGACACCAAAACUUGGAGUCCAGUUAAUAUCAGCAGUAGCAGCAGUGUGGAACAGCAAAAAAGCUCAUAAGAAUCAAAGUAAAAUAAAGAUUCUUCCAGUGGCUAGUGCAUCUCAGCUUAUUCUUGUGGACUUAGUGUGUGCACUUAACACUCUGAAUACUGACACUAUAUUACAGCUGGUAAAAGAAGUUGUCAAGAAACCAUCCCAAAUCAAAGGCGAAGAGAAAUCUUCUCUAGUGGAUAUCCCAGUGCUGAAAUUCAGCUAUGCUUUCAUUCAGAGACUUCCUGUCUCAGCCCUGCAGGAGAACUUUCAGUCAUUGUUAGGAGUGCUGAAGGAAUCUGUGCAACUGAACUUGGCUCCCCCUGGAUAUUUCCUGCUUCUGAGUACUCUGAAUGAUUUUGUGACUAGAACUCCUAACCUGGAAAAUAAAAAGGAUCAAAAAGACCUGCAGGAGGUGACCCAAAAAAUCUUGGAAGCUGUGGGGAAUGUUGCUGGUUCCUCCCUGGAACAGACUAGCUGGCUGAGCAGAAACCUGGAGGUGAAAGCUCAGCCUCAGAUCUCUUUAGUUGAAUCCAGUGCUGAAGAUGACUUGUAUGAUGCUUCACUAGUACCAUCUUCAAUGGUGUCGGCCUCUGCUCCCUCAAUAUACAGUGUUCAAGCUCUCUCUCUUCUUGCAGAAGUUCUUGCUUCUCUCUUGGACAUGGUUUACCGUAGUGAUGAAAAAGAGAAAGCUGUGCCAUUAAUUUCACGCCUGAUGUAUUACGUAUUUCCUUAUCUACGCAAUCACAGUGCCUACAAUGCCCCUAGCUUCCGUGCUGGUGCUCGGUUGCUCAGCUCCCUAAGUGGAUAUGCCUACACUAAACGAGCCUGGAAAAAAGAAGUUCUGGAGUUAUUUGUGGACCCAGCUUUCUUCCAGAUGGACACUUCAUGCAUUCAUUGGAGGUCCAUUAUAGAUCAUUUUCUAACACAUGAGAAAACUAUGUUUAAAGAUUUUAUGAAUAUGCAAAGCAGUUCUUUAAAAAUGUUUCCAAGUUUUGAGCAAAAAGCAAUGUUGUUAAAGCGUCAGGCUUUUGCUGUCUUUAGUGGAGAAAUAGAUCAGUAUCACCUUUACCUUCCAUUAAUACAAGAGCGACUGACAGAGAACCUCCGUGUGGGACAGACUUCUAUCGUUGCUGCCCAGAUGUUUCUCUUUUUCAGAGUUCUGUUGCUAAGAAUUUCUCCUCAGCAUCUAACCUCACUGUGGCCAAUCAUGGUGACUGAAUUGAUUCAGACAUUUAUACAGCUGGAAGAAGACUUAGCUGAGGAGGAUGAACCAUCAAAGAGCAACAGCAAAGUAAGCCGACAGAAAACUUCAGCUUCAGCUGAUGGCAGUGGCCCCUUACUUUCAGACAUACAACAGAACGAGCUGUCCUUGUAUUUAUCAGCUUGUAAGUUCCUGGACACAGCGCUUUCUUUUCCACCUGACAAGAUACAGUUAUUUCAAAUGUACAGAUGGGCCUUUGUUCCAGAAGUGGACACAGAGACUUGUACCAUGACCUCUCAUCUAAUGGAAAAUCACCAGGAAUGUAAACCACAUAUCAUUAGAAUCAUGGACUCGUUAAAGCUGAAAUAUGGGGAAACAAACACUAAUGAGAGAACUUCAGAGAAAUGUGAAUAUCCUCUUCUGAACCUUCGUUCUAUAUCCAGCAUCACACAGUUAAUGCCCUUCUUCAGGACCCUGAGCUGUGCGUUCAAAGCACAAGGUAACAGGUCCCAGAAUGCACAGAGUUCAGCAUCUCUGUCAGUGGAAUGUUCUCUUGGCAACAGCACAAAGAUCUUGAAACAACUAGAAGAAAGUGUUGAAUGUGACUUUUUGGAAAAUCUGGAAAGUUAAGGCAAUUGCAGGACAAUUCAUUUACGUUGGUAUAAAUAGUGAAACAAAGCUACAAUCUCAUUGUCAGAUUUGUUACUGGGUUUUUUGUUUGUUUGUUUUUUCUGCCAUAUACUCAGAGUUUUGAAACGUCAGUUCAUCUCUUUUUUUUUGUACUGGUAUAAAGUACACCUCCCAGAAUCUUGUUUCUUGCUUUGUGUUGAGCUGUGAGGAUUUUUGCUCAGCUUCUGUGGAAGAGAAAGGUAACAUUUAGUACCAGUGAUAAAUUAUAGUCUUCACAAUGGAAACACAAACGGGAUUCAAGAAAACUUUUUGUAAUUAUAGUAGAAAUAUCUUGACUAAUUAAGGAAGGCAACAAAUUUACUAUUUAAUUAGUGAACUAAUAUUUUAAUCUGACUUGGAGAACCUUUCUUCUAAAAGUAAAAAAACUAAUAUAACUUUUCAAAAAUUACAUGUCCGUGUAGUCAUCUUGCAUAUAUAGAUACUUUCCAGAGGCUGUUUAAAUUCCACUUAUAGUGCUCUCUUUAACAAUUGCCCAAACAUAUUUAGCUACUGAACUUUGACAAAAGUAAACUAAAUUACCAACAGGUGUAUUUUAUCAGCUUUAAGAUGAUGUAAGUAAUGUGCAGAUGUACUGCAUUUGUAAUCUCAAAUCUGUAUUAUAGUAAUAUAUUCUGCAAGAUCAGUGAUUAUUUAAUUUAGAAGACAGACCUAUUCAGUAACAUUUAUUGUUAUUUAUAAAUCGCUGAAUUAAAUUCCCAAAAUUCAAAACUGGUCACUUCUUCUAAAAUAAAAACUUUGUUCAGAAAUUGUUCUUUCAGAGACUAAAAUCACCUUAUAGCUUUUGAAUGGCAAUUUAAGUAAGGUAGUCCUGUAAAAAUGUAAACUAUUGUAUAUAAGAAACAUACAGAUCUUGAAAUGCAUGUGUGUUCUGUCCUUCAUAGAGACUUCACUUUCAUAGGUGAUCAAAAGCAAAACCUUUUACAGUUUUUAAAGACUCUUUAUACAGGUAAAUGUCUUUGCUGCUUUAGGUGGCACAAAAGAUAGGAGGAGACAGUUCAUGGGGCUGUGACUGAAAGGUUCAGGAGCAGCCUCUGAAUUCUGGUGGCAAAGCAGUUCUGAUAGAUUUAGAGGAAAGGGAUUGACUGGAUUAUUCUCUCUCCACACAGUAAGGCUAAAUGUCUGAACUGCAUAAGAUGCCAUGUGUUUGAUCAUGGCCUCAUGGUGAGCAUCCUGGCAGUUAUCUGCAGAAGGAGGAUUACAAGAGGGUUUUUUUGUUUUGCUUUUUAAUUGAGAAAGCAAACAUUCCUGAAUUUUCAAACUGCCUGUUAAUCCAAUGAAGUAUAAAAUCAUUAAGAUCAACAGAUAAGAUAAAUUAUGUAGGUUGAAUUAUUUUGGGGCAUUUUUCAUGUUUGUCAGGGAGAAGAGCUUUACUUGUUUUGUUUUAGUACCUUCUUCUCUAAAGACAUGUUUUUGUGCAAUAUUGUUGAGCAGUUGGCCACUGCUACUAGUGUUUAAUUGGAAACCUCAGUGCCAAGCUAGACAUGCCAAGACUUUUGAUUUCAAACCUACUAUUGCGCUUUUCUAUUUAAAAAAAGUCUCAGUAAAUAGUAAAGGUACUAGACAGUGCAGACAGAUUUAUUUUUUUUCCUUCAAGAUUUAUACAGAAACACAGGAGAUUGCUCUGCAAUUCUUGUUGGCCUCCAGAUAAACUUAGGUUUUUCAUCUGUUUUUGAUACAAAAUAAAUGGUGAAACAUACACAACAUCAUUUACUGUUGUGCUAUACCAUUGACUAAGGAAUAGUUAUUUACUCAUAGUCCUAUGUUGAACUUUUAAUAAUUUGUAAACUUUGGUACAAUUAAGUGUAGUAUUGUUUACUCAUUAUGAAUGUAUUAUCAGAGGUUCUGAAUGUAACUUAUUGACAAAUUAGAUCUGUGAAAGCUGUUGGCCUAAUCACGGGUAAAAAGAUGAUGUAUCUCUUAAUCAUAAAUCGCUAUCAAACUGGAGCAGAACAUUAAAGUUAAGUAUAUGUUACUUCUAAGAUGUUUUCAUUCAGCAUAAUCAGCCAAUAAGACUAGACUCAGGGUAUUUUGAUGGUUUUAUUUGUAAACUAAAUUUUUUGUGACGAGAGGCACCCUUUGUUUUCAGUGAGUGAUUCUCCUCCUGCCUAACCCAGAUGAAGUGCUUAUGUCAAGAGGGCUAUUUGGGAUGGUUCACCACCAGAUCUUUCAUUCCAGCUCCUCAGUUCAGUUCUAGAUCUAAACAGCUGCCUGAACAGCUUUCUUUGCACUUACGGGACCAGCAUUAUUUAUGUGCUAGACCAGGCUCCCUGUGUUUUUCCUCUCUGUUGCUCUCAUUUCUACAUCCCAUGAGAGAGGGAGUAUCACCUUUGACUUCCCAAGCUUCAGGUGUCACAAGUAUCAGAUGUGUCACUUUCAAACAGGUUUCCCCACAUAGCAGCCAAAUAGCAUUAACCACUACACCACAGGUUCUCUCUUGUACUUGAUUUUUGCAGACCACUUUGUAAAGACAAGGUCACCUUGCGUAUCACUUAGCUCUAAAUCCCCGCAACUGACCUAUGGCAUUCUGCUUGUUGUCAUGUUCCUUAAGGUCCUCUAGAGAAGUGUCUGGGGGCCACUGACCCAUAGUUGUAGAACGAUUAAUAGCACUACAGAGUCAGCUGACUUAAGAAAAACAUGUUUCUAUUAAGUGUCUAAGGCCUGGUUGUGACAUUUACCCAGGGUACAACCUGGACUGAUGAACUACUAUGUCCCCUUCAACCCAGGGUACCUUUUACACUGCUUUGCUGUGAAAGCCACCACUCCUGGUCUGCCCACACAGCCUCCAACAUGUAAAUCACUCCCAGCUAUACAGUACGAGUGCUAUAGUCAGCCACCCAUGAAUUAUGCUGCGGACAACACCAGUAAACUUCCAAUCUCAGACUUUCCCUCAAAUGUGCGCCUUGUACUGCCCAGCACUCUCCUGGAUGAUACAAGCUCAUAUAAAGUCCAUUUCAUUAAUAGAAAAUAUGUGCAAAUCUUGUUAUAACAAAUGGAGUUUCCCCAAACACUUCAAUUCAAACACGCUGGUUUAGAUAAAACAAAACAAGUUUAACUACAGAAAGGUAUUUUAAGAGAUUACAAGUAAUGAGGCAUAAAAGUCAAAAUUGGUUACGAAGAAAUAAAUGCAAACUAAUACCUAACUUAGCAAGCUAAGUAAAUACCAGCAAAGGUUUUUCUCACCACAUGCUUUAGCAGUCAUAUGAAUGAAAUCCUUUCAGCCAGGAUCUUCCCCCCAGUUCAAUGUUAAUAUCCUUGUCCUUCAGGUGCUGUUGAUUCUGUGAGUAGACAGGAAGGGAGAGAUAUUUGGGGCCUCUGUUUCCCUCUUUCUUUGAAAAUCAUCUCCAGCUAGGGUUCUGGAGGUAGCAAGUCUGUGGAGAUGGAAACCUCCAGCUGUUUUGUUGCCAAGAUGUAAAUUUUUUUACUCGCACCCUUUUUCCUUCCAAAGAAUGGCUGCUAAACCAGGUGAUAGUCCAUUUGACUUCACUGACACCUGGCUGAAGCAGAGACAGUUUGCCUUUUGUCUCUGAGGAAGCUGUUGGUGCCUGCUUUUCUAAACAUGGAAUAUGUCUCAGUACUGUUAUACAGAGGAAUCUUAUAACUUUACAUACAAUGCUGCCACACAUUUUACCAGGAUAAUAAUGAUCAGCACAUUGAGUUUUCAAAUGAUGCCUUCCAAGACACUGUACAAAAGCGCAGUUUUUAAAAAGGGGUGAACAUAGGGAUACAGACUGUCUCACUGGUCUACUAAUGUGCUAUUUUGGUUAUGGGUGGUGGGGUUUUUUUUACUAAAAUAGUUAUAGCAGUACAAUCACACUAGUGUGGAUGCAGAUAUUAGUAUAAACACUUUUAUACCAGCAUAACUUAUUCCUCUUUCUGUAUGGGAAUAGUUGUAUCAGUUUAAAGGACUCUAAGGGCUUGCCUACGUGGUGUGGCAAUAUGCACUAGGUGUGUGACUUGAGUGCACUAAUCUGUUGCAUGCUAACUGGACUGUGUAGACUCUGCUGGUGCACACUAAGUUCCCUAAUGCACUGUUGUACUAUGUUAACGUGAACUUAAAGAACUUUUAGUGCACGCCAACAGGGUCUAUACAAGUCAGUACACAAAAUGUUGGUAUACUUUAGAAAUCACAUCCCCUAGUGUGUAUUGCCAUGCUGUGGUGUUCUGAUGCUGUGUAGAUUAUACUGAUUAAUGCAGCCAUACUAAGGAGAUUAUACCAUGUUAGCCAUAUUGGUAUAGAUAAUGCAGUAUAUAACUUAUGUAGACAAGCGCUAAGAGAGCCUGAUGUUAGGAAUAGUAAAAAGAAUACUUUUGCUUAGUGUGUGUCCGGUCAUGAGGAUUUCUUUGCAAAAGAAUGAGGUAAAGCUGAAACACUAGUUCACUUGUUUUUAUAGAAACUGCAACUUCAAAAAUCACGUAGGCUUAAAGCUCAAUUUUCCAGAAGAAAAAGGGGACAGUAUUUACGACAGAUUACUGCCAAAGAACAGCAGAAGUUGAAACAUGGUACAUGAAAUAAAGGUCUUAAGUGUAUUCAAUGUUAUCUUUUUAAUGUAAUUCUUUUCACAAUAAUAAAUGUUAUUUUGAAAUACCUCUUCAAAUGGAA